AUGGAUCUCCGAACGGUGGUUUCAGACCAUCUCAUCAAGCUGGUAGGCGGCAGCGAUGAGAUGACCGUCGACUUCGUCGUAGAGACGGCGAAAUCGGCAAAGUCGGCCUCUUCACUGCAGGACAAAUUGUCGAGCAUGCUGGAGUCUGAUGACGCCGACCUCAAGCGCUUCAGUGAUGACCUGUAUGCGCGAGUCAGCAAGCCUGUGGCGGAUAGCACAUCUGCCGCGCCGCGAGUGAAGCCAAGAUCGAGCAAGAAAAAGUAUGCGCUGGUAGAUAUGGAAGUGGAGGAAGAAGCUCCAGCGCCUGUUGCACCGAAGGAGGAGAAGAGGCGAAGUGGUGAUAAAGAGGGAAUGUCAAAGCACAAGGAGCGAAGAAGAUCAAGGAGCAGGAGCAGAGAGCGGCACAGCAAGAAGCUGCGCAGACGAGACAAUGAGGAUUUCGACGAUCGAUGGGGCGAUCAGGACGAAGAGGAUGAAGAGGACUUUCCAUCGCCCCCUGCUAAGCGGACGAGAUUUGCAGAUGACGAAAAGGAUGAGGGCCGUUCCAAAUCGGAGGUGAUAGACGAGGAACCAGAGGACGAAGAGGAACGGGAUCGCAAGGAGCGAAAGGCGUUCGAGGAGCGACUGCGCAACAAGGAUGCUGGCAACACCAAGAAAGUCGUGGAGAAUAGUGCUGCUCGUCGCGAAGAGGCCGAUGCGGCCCGGCGAGCACAGGCUGGGAAAGUCACGGCGGAGGAAAUGAAGGAUAUCCGUUUGCGAUCCAGACAGGACUAUCUCAAGAAGCGAUCUGCUCAGGAGCUGGCUCUGUUGCGGAAGCAGGUUGCAGAGGAAGCUGAAGAAGAACGGACCAACCCAGCACUCACUCAGUCGGAGAAGGAAGACUUCGCACGGAACCGCGAAGCGCUGCGCCUCGCCGAAGAACGUGAGAACAUCGAUGAUCACUUCGAUGGCUAUGCUAUACCGGAUGACUACAUCACCGAAAAGGGCAAACUUGACACGCGGAAGAAGCAGGAUGCCCUAUACAGCCGAUACGUGGAUCGCGAUGCCCAAGGUCGAGAGCGUUAUGUAACUGAGCACGRAGAGUGGGAACGAGAUCAGCUUGCCAAAACCAAGGCGCAGAUCAUUGUUGCGGAUCGGGUGCCGGAGCAGCAGUACGAGUAUGUCAUUGACGAGGAGCAGCAGAUCAAGUGGGUGACAGAUGCUGUGAUGCAAGGAGGCUUGAACAAGAUGCAAUCGCAAGAAGAGAGAUUGCUUGCACAGCAGAUGCUUCAAGCAGAGCGCAAGGCGAAAACGAUGGAGGAGAAGCGCAAAACGCUGCCCGUCUAUCAGUAUCGACAGCAAUUCUUGGACGCCGUCAAAGAGUACCAGGUCUUGAUUAUCGUUGGUGAGACUGGUAGCGGCAAGACCACCCAGCUUCCACAGUUCCUGUACGAGGAGGGCUACUGCAAAGAUGGCAAGAAGGUUGGAUGUACGCAACCGCGUCGUGUAGCUGCGAUGAGUGUCGCCGCUCGCGUCGCCGAAGAGGUUGGUGUGAAGCUGGGCCAGGAGGUCGGUUACGCGAUUCGAUUCGAAGAUGCCACUUCCGAAAAAACAGCAUUGAAGUACAUGACCGAUGGAAUGUUGCUGCGUGAGUUUUUGACAGAGCCUGAUCUUGGAGGCUACAGCGCUUUGAUGAUCGAUGAGGCUCACGAGCGCACCCUUCACACUGAUAUCCUGUUCGGCCUGGUCAAGGACAUCGCGCGAGGUCGGCCUGACCUCAGACUAUUAAUCUCAUCUGCAACGCUUGACGCUCAGAAGUUCAGCGAGUUCUUCGAUGGUGCCCCUAUCCUCAACAUCCCUGGUCGCACAUACGACGUGGAGAUGAACUUCUCCAUGCAGCCAGAGGCCAAUUACCUGUCGGCAGCCAUCACAACCGUCUUCCAAAUCCAUCUGUCUCAGGAAAUGCCGGGCGAUAUACUUGUUUUCUUGACAGGUCAGGACGAGAUUGAGCAGGCCGAAUUGUCACUCCAGGAAACCGCCCGAAAGCUCGGAAGUGCCGCGCCUGAGCUCAUGAUUUGUCCCAUCUACGCGAACCUGCCGACGGAUUUGCAACAGCGGAUUUUCGAUCCAACUCCACCCAAAGUUCGCAAAGUUGUCUUGGCCACCAACAUCGCCGAGACAUCCCUCACAAUCGACAAUAUUGUGUAUGUCAUUGAUCCAGGAUUUGUCAAGGAGAAUCGAUACACUCCAGCGACUAAUAUGGAGUCACUCACCGCAGUUCCAAUCUCUCGUGCAUCUGCAAAUCAGCGAGCUGGCAGAGCUGGACGUACGGGACCUGGAAAGUGCUUCCGUUUGUACACGAAAUGGGCGUACUACAACGAACUUCCUGCAAACACGACUCCCGAAAUCCAGCGCACAAAUCUCAUCAGCGUCGUGCUCUUGCUGAAGUCACUGGGAAUCAACGAUCUGAUCAACUUCGACUUCAUGGACCCACCAUCACCAGACAUGUUGAUGAGGUCUCUGGAGCUGCUGUACGCCUUGGGUGCUCUCAAUGACAAAGGAGAGCUCACCAAGAUCGGACGCCAAAUGGCGGAAUUCCCAACUGAUCCCAUGUUGGCCAAGGUUGUCCUCGCUGCUGACAAGGAAGGUUGUGUGGAGGAAAUUCUCUCAAUCAUCGCUAUGCUUGGUGAAGCCUCUGCUCUCUUCUACAGGCCCAAAGACAAGAAGCUCCAGGCCGACGCUGCCCGCGCACGUUUCACCGUCAAGGAAGGCGGAGAUCAUGCCACAUACCUCAACAUCUGGAAUCAAUGGGUCGACUCCGAUUUCUCAUUUAUAUGGGCGAAAGAGAACUUCCUACAGCAACGCUCCCUCACCCGCGCGCGCGACGUGCGCGACCAAUUGGCGAAACUCUGUGAUCGAGUAGAAGUUGAUGCAACAGCGACAUGUGGAGCAUCCAAUCUCCCUCCGAUCCAAAAAGCCAUGACAGCAGGCUUCUUCCCCAAUGCGGCGAGAUUGCAGAGUGGAGGAGACAGCUACCGGACCGUAAAGAACAACAUGACGGUGCAUUUGCAUCCUAGUAGCGUUCUGAUGGAUGUGAGACCGAAGUGGGUGGUGUUUUAUGAGCUGGUGCAGACUAGCAAGGAAUUUAUGAGGAGUGUCAUGCCGGUGCAGCCGGAGUGGCUGACAGAGGUUGCACCGCAUUAUCACAAGCAGAAGGACAUUGAGGAACUGGGAGUUACGAGGAAAAUGCCGAAAAUAUAA